ACCCAAGGCGUAGCCCAUAUAUUCAUUGAAAUAGACAUUACGUCUGUAAUUGUAUAAAUUUCUAUCCAACUUGAUGUUGUCAUCAUUUAUCAUUAGUAUUGCACAACAACAUUUUUAUACACAGACAUUUUCUGUCCAAAUGAUCAAACACUUAUAAGAGAGAUAAAUGAGUAAUUUGAAAUUUUAGGGGAUGGUCACAGAUUGAGAGCAAACCCUAGGGGAAGGCAAUAACAACCAGUGCAGCGAGUGUCGGAUGGUGGUCCCGACAGAGGAGAAAAUUCCAAAAACCCUUGAGUUUUGCAAAACAUCUAUGCAUCUCUGAAAAUAGCAUUUGCUUUGUUGAAAAAGUCCAACUGUAAUUUAUUUUAGCAACAGGAGUUGGGUUUUCAAUUUGUGGAUCAAAUAAUUAUCAUUCAAGAAGUAGCCAGAAGAAAUGUGGAGGAUUUUAAGCGUACUGAAGCAGAGUGUAUCAGUAAUUGGAAGAACUAAGCCGUUAAAUCAAGUUCCAUUUCCAUUUCAAUAUGGUUCUUCCAAUACUAAUGUCAAACCUCCCUUGCCUCAUUUUCUUCGGUUUUCGUCGGAAACGGAAUCUCAAUUACAACCUCAAUCUCCGCCCUUGAAUUCCAAGGAGAUAUCAUAUGCAGAGGCCAAGAGGUUGAUGCGAUUGGUGAAUGUGGAGGAGUUGAAGACGAAGCUCCAGAUGCAAGGGAAGGAGGUGAUUGCUUACAAAGAGUUGCUUGAAACGUGUGAAAGCAUGGGAGUCUCCAAGUCUCUAGAAGAGGCCGCGGCUCUUGCACGUGUGCUUGAUGAUGCAGGUGUUGUUCUUCUCUUUCGUGACAAGGUGUAUCUUCAUCCCGAUAAGGUGGUAGAUCUUGUUAGAAGAGCAGUCCCCCUUGCUCUAAUCCCGGAAGAUGACCCCAUGAGGAAUGAAUUAAAAAUGCUGCUGCAGAAGAAGGAAGAAAUUGACAUGUUAGCUCAUAGGCAAGUUCGGCGCAUCCUCUGGUGUGGGCUGGGUUUCUCUAUUUUACUGAUUGGUCUUUUCUUCAGAUUAACGUUCUGGGAAUUCUCAUGGGAUGUUAUGGAACCCAUUGCAUUUUUCUCCACAACAGCCGGCAUAAUCUUAGGCUAUGCCUACUUCUUGUUCACUGCAAGAGAUCCCACUUACCAAGACCUUAUGAAGAGACUCUUUCUCUCCAGGCAGAGAAGAUUAUUGAAGAGGCGCAAUUUUGACAUUAACAAAUUCAAGGAAUUACAAUUGAAGUGCAAAACUCCUCAUGACGUCUGUACUUCUCUGAAAAAUCGCACAGGGCUGGAAAUGGACCUUGAGGAUGCUUUACACAGGGACUAACUUAACUCUCACUCGUUAUUCCGCCUAAUAUGCAUCAUCAUCCAGGUCUGUUCCCUCAGGUUUUCAUGUAGGUAGGGCAAAUAUUUAAACUCUUUUAUUUUUAAACAAUGCUAUACAUACUCACUUUUGGGUAUACAUAUAAUAUGCUAUUAUGUGGUUAUAUACUAUUUUAUUUUUAAUUCAAAAUUAUCCAAUUACUUAAUAACAUAUAUUAAGUGUA